AUGGCAGAACCUACCUCCACAUCGGAGCGCUUGGAUGCCAUCUUCGCAGCUUUCCUGGCCCACAUGGCAGAGAAGCAGAGAGACCUUCCAGGGUCUCCAACUCAUCCAUCUCCUACCGAUGACUGUGGAGGAGCCCCAGCAGGGCUGCCG